UUUAUGCUUGAGAGGAUUAGAAUUCAUAGUGGAAUUUGGGGGUUUGAUUUUACUAUAGAAGAUGGUUGGAAGUGUUUAUUCAGUAGCGAGCAACUUAUAUUCAAAUGGGUCUGUUCAGAACUCUAAUGGUGUGGAAGAGAGGCUUGAUGAGCUCCGUCGCAUCUUGGGCAAAACUGAAGGUGACCUACUGAAGAUUGUCGGGGUUGGAGCGGGUGCUUGGGGUAGUGUGUUUGCAGCCAUGCUGCAAGACAACUAUGGUCAUCUUCGAGAGAAGGUUCAAAUCAGGAUAUGGAGAAGGCCUGGAAGGUCAGUUGAUAGAGCCACUGCAGAACAUCUCUUUGAAGUCAUCAAUUCAAGGGAGGUUGUACUGAGGCGUCUGAUCAGGCGUUGUGCAUACUUGAAAUAUGUUGAAGCAAGAUUAGGUGAUCGAACACUGUAUGCAGAUGAGAUUUUGAGAGAUGGGUUCUGCUUGAACAUGAUUGGAACACCUCUCUGUCCUUUGAAAGUUGUCACUAACUUACAGGAGGCUGUGUGGGAUGCUGAUAUUGUGAUAAAUGGGUUGCCAUCAACUGAAACGUAUGAGGUGUUUGAAGAGAUCAGUAGGUAUUGGAAGGAGAGAAUCACUGUCCCCAUCAUCAUUUCUCUGUCCAAGGGUAUAGAGGCUGCAUUGGAGUCUGUCCCGCACAUAGUAACUCCAACGCAGAUGAUUUGUCGGGCAACUGAAGUGCCUAUGGAGAAUAUACUUUACCUUGGAGGACCAAAUAUUGCCUCAGAGAUCUACAACAAGGAGUAUGCUAAUGCUCGAAUAUGUGGAUCUGAAAAGUGGAGGAAACCUCUGGCUAAGUUUUUGAGGCAACCUCAUUUCAUUGUGUGGGAUAACAGUGACCUUGUCACUCAUGAAGUUAUGGGUGGCUUAAAGAAUGUCUACGCUAUUGGAGCUGGGAUGGUUGCUGCUCUAACCAAUGAGAGUGCUACCAGCAAAUCAGUAUAUUUUGCACACUGUACAUCAGAGAUGAUAUUCAUUACUCAUUUGCUGGCCGAAGAACCUGAGAAGCUUGCAGGGCCUUUGCUUGCUGAUACUUAUGUAACCCUGUUGAAAGGUCGUAAUGCAUGGUAUGGCCAAAUGUUAGCCAAGGGAGAUUUAAGCCUAGAUAUGGGUGAUAGCAUCACAGGCAAGGGAAUGAUUCAGGGAGUAUCUGCUGUGGGAGCAUUUUACCAACUGCUAAGCCAGUCCAGCUUAAGUGUCUUACAUCCUGAAGAGAACAAGCCUGUUGCCCCAGUUGAACUUAGCCCCAUCUUGAAGACCCUUUACAAAAUACUAAUAACAAGGGAGCUCCCAUCACAGGCCAUCCUUCAAGCAUUGAGAGAUGAAACCAUGAAUGAUCCCCGUGAUCGUAUUGAGAUAGCACAAAGCCAUUGUUUUUAUAGACCUUCGCUCCUUGGGCAACCUUGAUCAGCUUAUACUCAACUCAAUGGGCAAAUUGAUACGUAAUUGAUGCCCAUAGCAAAUAAGGAUUGAUAGCUGAGUGGAGAUUGUGCUCGAGGAUCUACAAGAUGAAUAGGAAGAUAAGUGUUUCGAUACAGCUUAUGUUAUGUAUCUCAAUUCAUUCAUUUUUUCCCUACUCUUUCUGUUUGUUGUCUUUAAAGUAUCAGUUUAGAAGGUUCUAAUUGUAAGAUGGCUUCAUCAAUAUGUAAUGUGCUAUAUUGUUUCCCCACUGGGUAAAAUUGUGUCUCUGCUUCUGCAUGAAA